AUGUCGCCAUCGAACCUUGCUGCAAUCCUUCCGUCUGCCAAAGCACCAAACCUCACAAUCUCCCCGGCUCCCUACUCUCCUCCAUCUUCUGGAGAAGUGGUGAUCAGAGCUCACGCCGUGGCGAUAAAUCCUGCUGACUGGAUCAUCCAACGACUCGGAAUUCUCAUCUCAGAAGAGGACGGCUACCCGUGCAUCCUCGGGUGUGAUGUUGCCGGGGAAGUUGUUGAGCUCCCUCGUGAAGGGCAGACAGAUCAACGGAUCUCUCACCUCAAGGUCGGUGAUCGUGUAAUCGGUCAAACAACGCCGCUGAGGGUCAAAGAAUCCAAAGACUUGGACCUUACUGGGGACGGCCUCGAACAAUGGCGUGGCAAGAAGGUGUACGCAUACUCAUCUUUCCAACAAUACGUGGUUCUUCUUUCCCCGUUCGUGGCAAAGAUCCCCGAGGCCACGACCUAUGAGGACGCGGUUGUCUUGCCGCUUGCUGUGAGGACCGCCUCCAGUUGCCUGUUUCCAGAAGUGAUGCUGGGAUUGGAUAUGCCUCCUGUCGAAGGCAUAGCUGAGAAGAAGGGCAAAACUCUCGUUGUGUGGGGUGCCUCGUCGAGCGUGGGAUCCUGCGGCGUCCAACUCGCAGUGUUGGCCGGCUACACCGUUGUCGGCAUUUGUUCGCAGAGAAACCACGGCUUCGUCACAUCACUGGGUGCGGAGAAAUGCUUUGACCAAAGUGAUCCAAACAUAGUUGAAUCCGCGAUCUCCUACCUCAGGGCGGCGGGCGAGGAAGUGAUCGGGGCGUACGACGCCAUCUCCAAACCUCCCACGUUGCACUCCCUCUGUGAAAUCCUUCACGCCUGUGGUGGUCGGAAGUUCAUCGCCUCCGUAUUCCCAGGCGCAGCACAGUACGCCAAGAAUGACGUGUCGAUCGUGCCAAACGUGUCAGCAGUAUCUGACUUUUCCACCGGCGUCGCGCCCAGGGUGUGGGAUUGGCUUGAGAUCGCCUUGGAGGACCACCGGUUACAAUACAUGCCUGCACCUGAGUUCAUGGGGAGUGGACUCGAGUGCGUCCAAACCGCGAUGGACAAACUGGCUGGGGGAACGGUGAGUGGGAGGAAACUAGUGGUCACUCUAUGA